AUGCCCUGUACAAUAUUUCUAAUUCUACUUUUACACAUUUUGAUUAGAACCAGUUCAGCAUCACUGGUCACCAGUUGUGAUUCUUGCCAUAGUGAAGCCUCCUGCUGGGAGUCCAGAGACAGAGGCGACUCUUUCACCAGCAGGAUCUUCUCUUGUGUUUGUAGAGAUGGUUUUGUUGGUGAUGGUCUGACCUGCUAUGAUAGAAAGCUCUGCAACAAGUCUCCCUGCUGUGAGACAGGUUAUCAAUGGUCUCCAGACCUCGGCUGUGUUGACCUUGAUGAGUGCUCUCAAAAGAGUUCCCCGUGCCCAGAGCAUCAGAUUUGCUCCAACAGACCAGGGUCCUAUGAAUGCCUGCAGCCUUCCUCCAACAGCAGAUCAGGUCUCUCUGAGGGAGCACUAAGACUGGUCAAUGGAGGAAGCAACUGCUCUGGCAGAGUGGAAAUCUUUAUCGAUGGAGAGUGGGGGACAGUGUGUGAUGAUAUGUGGAACAACAUUAAUGCUGAGGCGGUGUGUCGACAGGCAGGCUGCGGAAGAGUCAUUGUAGUAACUGCACAUUUUGGAGAGGGAACUGGGCGCAUAUGGAUGGAUGACGUGAAGUGCCUAGGAAAUGAAUCACAGCUAACAGAAUGUGAACAUCCGGGGUUUGGAGAUCAUAACUGUGAUCACCAAGAGGAUGUUGGUGUUGUCUGUGAAGGGGUACAGCUUAUUUGUGGCAGAGAUAAACUCCAAGUAGGACUGGAUCUCAAAACUAUGCAGUCUUUAGGUUUGGAUCCAUUCUCUGGACAUCUUGCUGCCCGCAACUGCACAAGGUUCAACGUUCAUUGGGGUGUUGUGUGGUACGAGGUGGAGGCUCGACCAGGUACCUGCGGAAAUAUAGUGACGAACAACGGUACACAUGCUGUCUUUAGGAACAAUUUAUUUAUCUACUCAGCAAACAAUGAAUCCUUCCUCCUUCCCAGGAAGUUUCCAUUCUCCUGUUUCUAUCCUUUGGAAACUGACACCAGCCUGAAUGUGGCAGUAAGACCAACUUUAGAGUGGGAACACGGUAUUUCGGGUACAGGUGCCAAGCCCAGAGCCUUCAUGUUUCUGUUCGUGGACUCCAGCUACAGUUCCACUUACCCACCAGGCGUAGUCACCCUGCCAGUGGGCUCGCCAUUGUACGUUGGCGUUUCUGUGGAGGAAAUGAACUCAAACUUGAUGGUUAUUCUGGAGAACUGCUUUGCCACUCCCACGUCAAACCCUGAAGACCCCAUACGACACCCCCUCAUUGAGAACAAAUGCUCCACGGAUCGCCGUCAGGUGUCAGUGGUCCAGAGCGGCACGUCCCUCCAGGCUCGUUUCACUGCUCUGUUGUUCCUGCUGGGGGAAGAAUAUCGAAAAAUUUAUCUUCACUGUCGCCUGAGCCUGUGUGACAAGACACGCUUCAGCUGUGUCCCGGUUUGUCGAAGCAGAGAGUUGCGUUCUGUUCCAAGCCUUGCUGCAUUGAAGCCCAUCACCGCCGGACCAAUAGUUUAUGGCUUUCACUAA